AUGUCUAUGCUUGCGGCCAAAACUGGCGAACAUAUACUGUGCAAGCGUGAAAACAUAUGUAAAUUUCAAAGCAAUGCGAUUGCCGCGACUCUUAAAUUUCUACAUUUUUGGGGCCACAUUGAAAGGCUGUGUUCGUACACCUUAUACAUACUUGAUACACGAAACAAUAAAAUCGCAGAUAAGCCGGAGAUCUGGGCGAAGAAACCGCAGGUGCACGCGCAUUCGGGGAUACGAGUACAACUGGAUUGCACGGUGACUGCCUGGCCCAAGGCGGAGGUCGAGUGGUACUUCGGCAACAAGAACUUAACGUACACGUCGCGGGUGGUGAAACACAACGCCGGGGACGUUCACAGCCUAUUGAUAAGGCAGGUGAAGGCAACCGAUUACGGCUCCUAUACCUGCAGAGCGUCCAACUCGUUGGGGGUCACCGAGGGGCUCGUCGAGCUGUCGGGGAUCGCGAAUCCGGCGGUGUUCAAGAAGGAGUCGCACAGCACGUCCGGCACGUCGUACAACUUUAUCUGGGAGGUCGACAGUUACAUUCCCAUCAACGAGUACCAGUUUUGGUUUCGCAAAUAUAGGAGCAAUAAAGGAGGCGGCAUACGUGGGCCUUGGCACAAAUUGUCUGUUCCCACUGGUGGCAGUGACAUCGUCAGCCCGGUGCACGUUCGCUCCUUCAACCUGACGGGGUUGGACGCGGCGACCCAUUACGAGGCAGUCGUUUUGUCCAGAAAUCGUUACGGAUGGAGCCGCCCCUCGGAGAUACUGCGCUUUCACACCGAAGGAGCUCCUGUCGAUUCCAGCGAAAAUCCCGAGAUGGAUGACGAUCAAGAGCAGAACAGGAUAGCAGAUGUAAAACACUCAUCCAUGUCGCAGCAUUAUCUACUGACGGAUGCAAACGGAUCGACGUUUAAUCGAGCACAGGCCUUGUCGUUGGUGUUGAGUAUGCUGUGUACCUUAAUUAUAACGCGCGACAUAUUUUAAUUAAUGUUGUAUAAAAUGCGGAGAAGAAUAUAAAGUGUUGUAAUUUAUGCGUAUACCAAACUAUUGUUAAAAUAUUAUCAUUGUCAGUCAUGUUUGCGUUCGAUGAAUCAUUUUUAUUAGCGAUGAUAUCACAGCAUCGUUUGUAUGCGGUUCGUCAUUUCAUUCUCGAAAGAUUAAAUUCAAAAAAUUAAUAUAAA